AUGGCAAACAAGAGAGGAAAACUUUACAGAAAGAUGUGUUUUGAUGGUCCGCACUUGAGUCACAACAAAGAACCUGUCCAGACAGGUUCUUUAGACCUUCUGACUGGAUGCAUUAAACAUUGGACAUCUGAAGAGCAGGCAAGUUCUGCUGCUAAUUUACGGUUUGUUCUUGAGUGGACAUGGAACAAAGUGAUCUAUACAAAAGAUGAAUUUGACCAAAUAUGUGUUCCGCUGUUUGAUGGCUCUUGCAACUUCGUUGACCCGCAGGCAUUACAGUCUCUUCAGCACUGCCAGUUGCUUUUGAGCAGCCUUCGCACAGUCUUAAACUGUCUUCCAAGAGAAGCACAAGAGCUUACUGAAAAAGGUUUAACAGACUUGACAAAUAAGCAGGUGGUAACUAGCCUCCUUUCUGUGUAUGCACAAGUGGUCGUCUGGUUCUGUCGAUCCAGUCUCCUUCCAGAGGGUUUAGACGAUGAUACACAUUUGUCUAGACCUUUCUACAAUUAUCCUCUGAUUCAGAGCUACUAUACUGGUCAUCGACAGAAACUUGAGCGUUUAUCAAGAGGAAAAUGGGAUUCUGACUGCUUGAUGAUUGAUGGAAUGGUUUCCCAGUUAGGAGACCGAGUUGAGAAGUUGUGGCGGAGAGAUGGAGGAACUGGGAAGUAUCCACCUGCUAGUUUACAUGCACUGCUGGAUCUCUAUUUGCUCGAAAACAUUGAAGAAAGCUACAAACAUGCAAUUACAAUUUACUUGCUGCUAGAUAUCCUGCAUUCCUUUCCGAAUACAACAGAACCUUCAAUCGACUCCUUCCCAACCGCCUUUGCUAUCCCUUGGGGUCUUGUUAAGCUUAUUCAAGGUUUUUGGCUGCUAGAUCACAAUGAUUACGAAAAUGCACUGGCCCUGCUCUUUCAUCCAGCUACAAUGAAAACUGUGUCAUGGCAACACGUGAGAAUUAUUCAGUCCCUCAUGUGCCAAGGAGAGCAUAGGCGAGCCCUCAGAUGCAUACAGAUGAUGAAGCCAUCGACGUCAAGCAGUAGUGAAGUGCGGCUUUUCCUCACUGUGCUGUUGUCCAAUAGGUGCAUGGUGGAGGCGUGGGGUCUGCUGCAGCAACACGCCACGAAGUUCAACAGAGAAGAGCUGUUAAAACACAUGUAUGAAACCUGUCAGGAGAUGGGACUAAUGGAAGACUUACUGAAGCUACCUUUCACAGGCGCUGAACAAGAGUGUUUGGAGAAGUUUUUACAGACCAAUGCUGGUGUUCAGGAUGCUGAAUUUCUUUUAGUCCACCAUCUGCAGCGUGCCAACUAUAUCCCAGCACUGCAGCUGAAUCAGUCAAUGAACGUUACUCUUAUGAAUGAUCGGGAUCCUCGCUUCAGAGAGAGAGCAGUUGCCAGAAAUUCUAUAUUAGACCAGUAUGGCAAGAUCCUUCCUAGAGUUCAAAGGAAGCUGGCUGUAGAGAGAGCCAAGCCUUACCGUUUGCCUUCAUCGGUCUUAAGAGAAGUCGCAAGACCAAAGCCAUUAUCAACACUAACAAACCAAGCUAAUGCAGGAAACGUGCAUACAGGAGCAACUUUCCUCAGUAACGUCUUGUCCAAAAUUGGAGAAGUACGGGUGGGAAACGAGCAGAAAACCAGUUUCUCACAAUGUGAGAGAUUGCCGGAUUUGGUGGUUCGUCCUGUUCCUUCAUGUCCUGCAGCACAGGGUGGUAGGUGGCAGUCGCCAUGCAGGGCUUCUGCUUCAUUCACGGCAUCCAGCCCAUUGAGAUCAAAUAUGCACGGAUCCAUCUCGCAGAAGAAUUUCCCAGGAGCAUCAGAGCUGAACUUACUAGAGACUCCUCUUGUGGUUAAGAGAGCUAAAGUUUUGGCCACACCUGCUUCUGCUUCUGCUAUUCCUGGCUUUACUCCUCGGUCUAUUCUCAGAUCCAGCCUUCGCACCACCCCCCUAGCAACUCCCUCUGCAUCUCCAGGACAAUCACUUCCUCCUCCUCUACGAGCAAAGAAACCUAGAGUAUCCUUCAGGGAAGAGAACUCGAAUGCAAAAUGGACCGUUGGGGAAGACGUGCGUUCGGGUGCGAAAGUGGAAAUGCUUGGUACUCCUAGGAGAAGAACAAGAAGAGUUCCACAUGCUAAACCAGAACAAACGGAUACUCGUGAGCAAACACCUGCACAGCCAAACGAGGAGUCAGCCACACCCAGGACUCCAGUAAGGACAGGGCGUCGGGGCAGAAAGAGACCAUCAGUCCUGGAGGAGAGCACAGGGGAGGAGGCCUUCCCCCAAGGACCUGGUGGCAGUCCUUUGCUGCUUGAAGACGUAAACCCAUCAGGACGUGCUGAAACAUUAAGAACUGCGAUGGAUCGUAUUGCAAGAAUAUGCCCAGUCUGCAACUAAGGCCGCACAGAACAAAGUACUUUAUUCCCCCACCAGAACUUCCUCUCACGGAAGACUACUCUCAGGGUUGUCAGCGCAAUAAAUUUCUUUGCUGCAAUUUCAUCUGUUCCCACGUAACUAACCAUAAAUAGCUUAGGUGUUGAUUUCUGCUGGGGAGAAAGCAAGCUACAGGCAGAAGCCAAUCCACAGUUUCUCGUGAGUUGUCAGGCAAUGCUCGUAACCCCUUCGUCUAGGCCAAUCUGAAAAGACUAUGAAAUGAUAGACUUUCAAGUAAUAAGAUAGCAUUUGUUUCUUACUUUGUUUGCACUUUUGUCUUCUGUGCAACGCUUCCAGGUUUCCAUUCCAGGAAUGCUUGUUUCACCAAAGUAGUCAAGAUAAUGAGUCUCUUUGAUAUGCUUGCAGAUAGAUGUACCCUGGUUCCUUUUGCAUUAAAGCCGUUCCUAAAAUAAAAUGCAUUUUCC